AUGUCCCGCAGGAAGCAGAGCAACCCCCGGCAGAUCAAACGUCCUCUAGAGGAUGGCCUGGAGGAGGAGGAGGAGGAGUGCGUCUCUGAAGAGAAUGAGCUCUUGGCCAAAGACGAGUUCUCGGCGGAGGAGAAUUUCACCGGCGAGUUUGAGACUGAGAACAUGAGCUGCGAAGAUAUGGAGUACUUCUGCAACAAAGGAGAGGAAGAUGACAACCGACAAGCAGGCGAGUCGGAGAUGGACACACAGGGGGAAAAGAACCGACAUGCUGCAGUGGGCCCGGACGAAUGGGAUGGUCCAAGAGAGUUGGAUGGCUUCCUUAAAGAUGGCGAGCGUCGGAUCCACACCCGGCAGCAGCUCCCAGUGGGGACCACAUGGGGACCCUUCGAGGGAAAGAUCGAGAUGAACACUGACAGUCCUGCAAUGAAGACGAAGAGCACGGUCCCGGUGGUGCUGAGCGCCGGCCCCAGGUGGCUGCUGGAUGUGACUUGGCAGGGAGCGGAAGACAACAAAAACAACUGUGUGGUGUACAGCAAAGGCGGCCAACUGUGGUGCACCACUACCAAGAACAUGAUGGAGGGCGAGGAGCUAGUGGCGUUUGCAGUGGACUUUGACUCACGUCUGCAAGCAGUGAACCACAUGUCUCUGAGUGAGGGCAUGUACCCAGCCAGGCUGCUGGACAGCAUCCAGCUCCUGCCACAGCAGGCUGCAAUGGCCUCCAUCCUGCCCACUGCCAUCGUCAAUAAGGACAUCUUCCCCUGUAAGGCAUGUGGAAUCUGGUUCCGGAGCGAGCGGAACCUGCAGGCCCACCUCAUGUACUACUGCAGUGGGCGACAGAGGGAGCCAGAGACAGUGGUGGAGGAGAACGACAGCGGACCCCAUCACACACCCACUGUCUGCCCCUUCCCACAGUGCACCAAGAGCUUCUCUGGAGCAAGAGCCCUUGAAAUGCACUUGAGCACUUCACACAGCGGUGUCAAAAUGGAAGAGAGCCUCCCUCCUGGCACCAGCUUGAAAUGCACAAUCUGUAACUACACGGCAGAUUCUCUUAUUACAUUCCAGCAUCACAUCAUGUCUCACCUGUCACAGGCGGCCUUCAGAUGCAAUCACUGCCAUAUCAGCUUCCAGAGCCACAGGGAACUCUUACAGCAUCAGGACUUACAUGGGCACGGCAGCAAACUUCACAGGGAAGGCGACGGCAGUGAGCAUUCCCCCAGGGGGCCGGAGGAAAGCCUCCAGCAGCAGCAGCAGCAGGCCCGCGCUGAGCUGGCCAACAGGAAGGAUGCUCUGCUGGGAAGUCCCAAAGGGGCCCUCAACAAGGAGACCAGCACAGACGGAGAGGCUGACAAGGCUGAGAAGAAGCCUAUGCUGUCUGCUCAGAAGGGAGAGGCGCACCCAGGCAGUAAAGCCAGUUUUUCUUACACUAGGAUCAAGUCUGAGCCCUCCAGCCCCCGACUGGCCUCCUCCCCUGUGCAGCAUAACAUGCCUACAUUUCCCAUGGGCCCCUUCUUGUCUCAGUUUGCUUUCUCCCAAGACAUUUCAGUGGUCCCCCAGGCUUCUGAGAUUCUGGCUAAAAUGUCAGAGCUAGUUCACCGGAGGCUGCGCCAUGGAGGGAACAGCUACCCGCCUGUCAUCUACAGCCCUCUUAUGCCCAAAGGGGCCACCUGUUUUGAAUGCAAUAUCACCUUCAGCAACCUGGACAACUAUUUGGUCCACAAAAAGCACUACUGUAACAGUCGCUGGCAACACAUGGCAAAGUCUCCUGACUUCUCUGCCCUCUCAGAUAAGGUCCCGGAGGCGGUGAGCCCGAACAGUGGUCACAGUUCUGUUAGCAUGUUGGCCAGCUGCCACCCCACAGAGGCCGACAGCCACCUCAUGCAGUCUGCCUGUCUGAACUCCAGUGUGUUGGACAUGAUCAAUGCUGGGGCAAAAGGGCCUGAGAAGGAUCUACCAGGACAGGUGAAGAAGGUCUCUACCCCGACUGGCGCCGAGGAGAGGAUGAAUGGAAAGCAGAUGGAGGGUAAAAGCCCCAGUACAGGCUUGGUGGAAAGUGACAAUGAUCCCAACAAAACAACCUGCGAAGCCUGCAAUAUCACCUUCAGUCGUCAUGAGACCUUCAUGGUCCACAAGCAGUACUACUGUGCCACUCGUCAUGACCCCCCCAUGAAACGCAUGUCCACCAACAAGGUGCCAUCCAUGCAGAGAACCAUGAGGACCCGCAAGCGCAGGAAGAUGUACGAGAUGUGUCUCCCUGACCAGGACCACCAGAGGCCCCCUAUGGGUCAGCCAGGUUUUCUUGGAGUUCCUUCUAUGAACCCUUGUACGUCGCAGGAGGCUGUAGAGAGCCUAGUGGACCGCUUCCACCCCCGCUGUGACAUCUUCCCAGGUAUGGUACCCAAACACCUGGAGGCCUCGCUGACCGUCACUAAACCAGUUCUGGCUCCCAAAUGCAAUGCUGUGGAGCAGCAGGAGCUGGACGCACCCAUCGAUCUCAGCAAAAAGUGUUCGCCAGUCUCUGACAAGACAUGUAGCUCUCCAAAAAGACUGUUGGAUUAUCACGAAUGUGCAGUGUGCAAGAUAAGUUUUAACAAAGUGGAGAACUACCUGGCACACAAACAGAACUUUUGCCCUGCAACUGCCGCUGCUGCUGCUGCUGCUGCUGCUCAGCAACAACAACAGCCACAACAGCAGCAACAACACAAUGAGACUGGCAGCCUGGAGCCCGCCAUGUUCCCAGAUGUGAAAAGUGAAGGCAAUAACAACCCUGAUGAUGUCUACGAUAAGAGCCCAGGCAAAUGUGAGAAGAAUGGCAAUGGGAAGGUUAUGGUGCAGAAUGGAGGCAUGUUCCCCCCUCACCUGGGGCCUUUGCCGGCACUCAAGCCUUUUGCUGAGCCCCAGCUCAUCCCAUCAAAAGAUGAGAACAAGAAUAUGUUUCUGCCCCACUGCCUUUAUCCCGGAGCAAUAAAGAAGGUGAAAGGUCCUGAGCAAAUAUCGCCGUAUUUUGGGAUAAAGCCAACCGAUUAUGUGACUGGUGGACCAGUGAUGCAGGGAGAGGCCAGCGAACAAGACCAGAGCAUUAAUGGGGGAGGAGGUGCAGGUGGCGGAGGAGGAGAGACAGGACCAACCAGAGAGCAGGUCCAGCAGCCUGCUGCUAAUGGCUGCCCCCACCCCGGCAAGGAGCCCCUUCCACUACUGCCCAAAAACCGGAGCAUGGUCAUUGUCAAUGGGGGGCACAAGCCAGAGGAGCGUUCAGGCACAGCUCCCCCGCAGCAGGAGAACCAGCCCCAGUCAGACGGCCAGCCCCCCAAUCCCUCACCCACGUGGGCCACUGAGAACCAGGCCGACUCCAAUGAGAACAUGUCACCUUCCUCCAAGUCCCCAAAUGAGGAGGUGGCCCCCACAGCCACUAAAGUGAAUGGCUCUGGAAGUGGCAAGUACUGCCGCCUCUGUGAUAUUCAGUUCAACAACCUGUCAAACUUUAUUACCCAUAAGAAGUUUUACUGUUCAUCACAUGCUGCGGAGCAUGUAAAAUAAGUACGAAGAAUAAGACAUGUUCUUCUCCUCCUUCCCACACCUUUCCCCCAACUUUGAACCCUUUUUCUCCUUUGUUUUGGUACACUGUUGUGUCUGGAAUAGUGCAUCACGCAGUGCUAAAUGCUGCUUGUGGACAAU